CACUGGUACAUCAGCCAGACUGGGAUAUAAACCAGACACCAGGAUGGAAGUAUGUGAUGUUACAAUAUUACAGGUUGGUCCAUAACUCCAUAGUCCAUGCAGAUCUAACAAGUAGAGUCAUCCAAGCAUCUGAGUGAUUCAGCUGAAUUCAAAGCAUCUAAGUGAAUUGGAUAUUCAAGUUCUGUGGCAUUAGUUUAUGCAUUUCUGUGGAUAUUUGCUUCACAGCAGUAUACGUGGAUCUGAGUGAACAGUGAUUAAGUAAGGGGAAUCAGGAUCCCAAAUUCCUAUCGGAGAAGAUUUGAUUGAAACUUUUCAGUUGUGGAAUUUUGGAAAGAAUACACCUGCUUUUGACAGGUGUUACACAACAAAAUUUUGACUUGUUAAUGUUUAUUUCUGCACAAACAUCAUGAGUGUAAACGGAGAUAGCCAAAACAGCAUGCCUACUAACCAUGUGGAGCUGUAUAUUCGUGCUGGAAAGGAUGGAGAAUGUUUAGGAGCCUGUUUAAACUGCCAGCGCUUCUACAUGAUUUUGGACAGGAAGGGGAAAGCAGGAGAGCUCACUUUUGAUGUCAUCACCAUCAACAUGGCCCGCCCACCAGCAGAGUUUAAGAAAUUUGCAAACCGACUUCCUGUCUUAAAACAUGGCGAUGAAAUCUUGUCUGAUAAUGAUGAGAUUGUACAAUACCUUGACGAAAACUUCCCAUACCCAAGUUUGAGAUACGACAACAUGCUUGCUCAUAGCGUGUGCUUAGAUAUCUUCUCGAAGUUUUCGUUUUACAUUAAGCAGGUGAGCCAUGGGCCAGAGAAUCUCCUUAAGGAAUUACAGGCUAUUAAUGAUUACCUGGAGGGUGUAGAUUGUCUUUACCUGUGUGGCGAUGAACUGAAACACCUGGAUUGCAUAAUGCUUCCAAAGCUGCAACAUAUCCGUGUUGCAGCAAAAGCUUUCAAGGAUUUCGACAUCCCUGCAGAUAUGGUUGGACUUUGGAAAUAUCUUAAAAAUGCUUAUGCAAAUGAUACCUUCCGCAAAUCAUGCCCAUCCAACCAGGAAAUUGUUCAUUUCUGGGAAUCAAAACCCGAGACACCAAAAUUGUCUGAAGAAAAAAAGCGAGAAUAUGGAACGGAUGGAUAUGCAGAGCCAAAAUUCUCAUUUGAUGUACCUUUGUAAAUCUAAUCAAUUCCUCCACAAUGUCCAGCUUUGCUUUAUUCCCUUGAAAAAUACAACUUUUUUGGACUGUACCAUUAUAUCUUCAAGUAACAGUGGUGUAUAGGUUAGCAAUCUGUUGCAUCCUUUCCUUCCAAAAAACACUUCAGACUUCAAAAGUGAGAAUUGAUUGGAAGAAACUGAGAAGGUGUGGUGUAGGCUCCAAGGAGUGUAUGUACCAGUUAAUACAUGAAUCAGCUUGUAUAGGAGUGUUGGGAUGUAUAUUCUAUACUGAUAUACUUACAUAAAGACAUUGACUGUACCAACACUCUAAAUUAGAGUGUCGGGGUUUCUACCAUCCAUGUAGACUUGAGUAGGUGGCAGUGAAAUGGAUUGUUUUGACUAAAAUUUUAUUAUUAAUUAAUCACCAGCCACACUUGUGACUUGUUUCCUUGUAUCAUAUACAGCAAUAAGCCUGUGUCUGGUAAUAAGCCCACCCACAUAUACUGCAGCUUCAAUAGAUUGAAAUGCCCAUUAAAGCUAUAUCUGUAUCCUGUAAUAAGCCCACCUCCUUAUUGAAGUUUGGGUUAUAUGCGUUGUCCUCAUGGACUUUUUACAGGAAAGAUACAGUAUAUGGUUGAUAAGGCUGAUGUAUCAUGAUAUUUACAUGAGAAUUUAUAAUAUGCAAAAGUAAUUUGUUGCUUAUCUAAAUGCUGAACAUGUGAAAUUAUAUAAGUAACUGAAUAUAUAUGUGUGUGUGGCUUUGUGAAUUUAAGUAGUACAAUCUUAUAUAGAUUAUAAAGCUUACCAAAAUUGUUUUUUGAUUAGUCUAAACUGUUAACUGCUUUUAAGAAUUAUUUGGAAUGUUUUCUUUUCAGAAUUUUAAGAUUCUAUUCAUCAUAAUCAGAGUCCACAAAUUAAGUAUUCAUGGUUAGAGCCCUUGUAUGCCCUAGCAUAUAUGUACAAAUUCAUGAAGAGUGACCUUGGUCAUAUUCAAAACGUCUGUUAAAGUCUAUAUUUUGUUGACAGUAGAAGUCCUGACUUGUGCCAGUCAUAUUAUGCAUAUUUUAUGUGGUGUUUUAUCUAGGAAAUCCAUUUACCUGAAUAAAAUUCUGUACUAAUGUUAAAGUAGACAAAUGAAUUUACCUCUUGAUCAUCAUACACACCGGUUAAUACAAAUUCCAAAAAGUCAAAUAUUGCCAAAUAUUGUAUAGGGAAAUAAGUUCCUUUGAAUAUUGUUUACUAUAUUGUCAUGUAUUGUUUUUUUUUUAACAAACACCACAUGAAAGCAAUUAUGCUGGCGAGUAUAAUCGGUUUAACACAUAUUAUUAAAAAUCAUAUAAAUUCCUCUUUAACAUUAUUGCCAGGAACAGUUUUUCAGGUUAAUUUCUUAACUCUAAGGUAUACUUUUGAAGACAGUAGCCAUGAAAUCUAAAGUACCAGUAACAUAUUGUUUACCUGAAUAUUCUAAUUUCUAGUUAACACUCAAUAGUUUAACAUUAGCUAUGUACAUGUAUAAAAAGAUGAUAAUUCUAACUUAAGUUCAACAAGUACAUAUAUAUUGAAAAUGAAAUAUUUUAGGAAACUCUGAUUUCCUUAAAAGUAAAUGAAAUUAGUGUUAUCACUGAUUUUCCUAUGGUGUAAUUUUCUAUUUUAAACCUAAUCUGACUCACCUCACACUUAAUACUGUUAUCUUAAUUACAUUUUAACUGUAGCUAUUUUAGGAGAAGUAUUGGUCUUUCCAAAGUCUACUCUACACACACAUAAUGGAGUUUCUAUUUCAACCAUUUUUGUUAGAAAGUAGCUAAUAGUGCCAGAAUGCUGGAUGCAUUCUGAAUCCCUUAGUCACAGCUACAAAGUGUAUUCGGGUGUAUAAUGCUAAUCAGAUAUUUAUGCAUUACAUUUCAAGUGAUUGAAAAUUGAAAGAUUGAUUAAGAAUUUUUUACAGUGUAAAUUUUCUUAUUUUAUAUGUCAUACUAUGUACACUUUACAAAAAACAUAUUCAAUACCAAUUAUACCAAUGCAUAUUUUUAUAGGGCAUAUAAAUGCUGUGUCUUGGUACAACUCAGUUGGAAUUCUUAAAGUAUUGGCUGUUGUUGUACAUCUGAUAAUGUAUAUGAAUGUUGCUAUUUCAUGUUUAGGGACAUUACUUUGUAUUUAAAGUCUCAUUGAUGGCUGAUCACCAAUGCAAUAGAAAAUUAAAAAAAAAAAAAAAUUGAUCCAUUUGCCAAACAAGCCUGCUAGAUUUGUCUUCCCAUGGAAAUAGGAGAUCAAUUUUAAAGGGAGAUAAUUCUCAUUUCUUUAAGCUUGAUAAAAUUUUUGCUGCCAUGGCUGUGUCAUUGUUAGUUACACUGCAGCCAUUGUUCAAUCACUGAAAAGUAAUAAUUAAAACUGUGUACAGUUGUAUAUUGCUACAUUAGGGAUUCUCACGGCCAGUGGCAAAGCUAAAGAAGGAAAUGUAAUCUCGUGUAAAAUGGUUUUUUGGAAGGUUUUCUUAAGUAUUGAUGUAAAUUUGUAAAACUUUUCGUUUUUUUUUUUUUUUUUUUUCAGACCAAAAUUUAUUUGGGAUUUCUUUUGGGAUACCUUUUUUUAAUCAACCCCUACCCAAGAUCUGCUGAUUGAGAAAAGAAGGAUUUAGUUAUGAAUAUUCUUGCCAAUAUAAAUAAUGUUUAUAUAUAUAUAUGUACAUGCAAUUGUUAAAACGUUUACGUACUUGGUUGUGGAUUUAUUUUUGUCCUACUUCCAUCUUGUCUCUUGUACAAAGAUUUAAGUUUGUUUCAGCAUUACUGUUGUAUUUGUCCUCAUGAUGUUUACCAUUUACUUCUGUUUAUAUAUUACGUAAUAUUAAUUUUCAAGGUUGUAAAAAUUUCCUUUACAUCAAUAUACAAGUAUAUAUCCUACUUAUAUUUUAGUAGAUUUUAAUCAGGUGUUAUUUCUUUGCCUUUUGUCAUUUUUAUUUAAUACUACACAUGCAUUAUUUUAUUUUAAAUUCUGGUAUGUUAAUUUUAUGUAGCAAAGCAAUAGCAUACAUAUGCAUUGUUUGAGUCUAGUCUCUGAACUAGGAUUUGGUCACUAUGAUUUCUAGGUCAAAAAUAAAUAUAGAGGUUUUGCUUAGAUUUUGUAUUUGUUUCUUGUGACGGAGUUGUUUUUGAGAGUCAGAAUGAAAGAACAUAAAAUUAAUCAGAAUUUUUUUUUUUUUUUCUCCAUUUUAAGUAUUUGACUCGAAAUAAGCAGUUUAAAAUUGUGUAUUUUACAAUUUCAAUAUGUGGUUACACAAAUAAAGUUUUAUUUAAAUGAGGUUUUACAUUCAAGCUGUUUAUAAAAUACUUCAUAUUUAAAGUCAAAGAUAGUCACAAUCUUUUUUGUAAUUUUACAAUGGAUUAUUAAGAGAAACAUUGGUGACUUGUACAUGUUUGGUUGUGUGAUUUUUAUAACAAAAUGUCCAGAUAAGUUCAGAAAUGAUUUGAUUAAAUGUUUUCCUCUUAAUGUCUUCCAUAGACCUGGAGAAUGAUUUUAAUGCACCAACAAUAAUUGGUAGUUUGAUUUUCACAUAAAAUUAUUAUGCCACUGUAAUGAAAAGUAAGAGGAUUUUUAGAUUCAAGAUGACUGGAGAAUAAACGAUUUUCUAUAAAACAUAAGUGUUUAUUACAAUGACUUGAGUACAUAUGGAAAUUAAGUUUGCAGGUAACAGAAAAUUAAGACUCUCAAAAGAAUCUCUCAAAUACAAUAUAAAAACAAAGAUCAUGUGAAAUUAAAUUUGUUACUUGAAAAUGCACUUUCCCAUUCGAAUUCCAACACAGUUUGAAACAGUGAGGGUCAAGACCUGUUGUCAUGAUGAUAGGAAAUCAAUGAUACUAUCAUGAACUAAAAAACAUCACAUCAUCAUUAAAAUUAUUUCAAACGAGUAUCCGAAUAAGGUGCAGAAUUCAAGUUUUUAUAUAUAAAUUGGGCAUGAUCAAAUUAGUAGAACAAUGUCUAGUUGUCCUAGAUGAUGACAUGGGUGUGGGAACUAUCUUAGUUUUUUAUGAGAAGUGGAACUUUAAUGCUAUAAAUUUGGAAGUGGAGAUUCUUUGUGAUGACAUCUAUUUAUUCAAAGACUAUUUUGGUCUGCUUUGAUUAUUUAAUGAUUACGGUUUAGGCAUUGAAGAAUAAUUUAAUUCUUUAGUAAAUUCGAAAUCAGAUUUUUUAUAAAAUUCUUUUGUGUAUACUAAAAUUGUUCCUAAAAUUUUUUACAAACUUCAUGUCUGUUAUCGAUGUGUUCAGAUUCAAGCUAGAACUUUAAAUUAAUGAUAUAAAUUUUUGACUGGCUUACAAGUACUGAUGUUAGUUUUGAAAUACUGGUAGAUAAUCAAAUUGUUCAGGAAAAAAAGAUAUGUCCUCAGAAUAUUUUAUAUAAGGUUAAAUUAUGUAAUCAAAGUGCUAUGCGUUUAUUUAUCAUAUGAUGCUCGGUUAUCAUUACUUUUCGUUCACUUUUUGAAUCUUUGAAAAUGAUGGUGUGAAAUACAGGUGUAGUGCCAUUUGAUUUGUGUCACAUACAUUUAAAGAAUACCAAAUAAGGUAUGUCAGGAUCCUUGCUUGUCAAAUACAAGAUCAAAGUGUUAAUGAGAUGUGGUUCACAUUGCUGAUGAUGUAUAUACUAAUAUACAGAUCGAUCUUACGUCACCAACUCGUCAAGCAGUAAGACUGACUGUUGUAUAUUCUUCCAUAAUCUAGUCACUGAUAAUGUUUUUGCAUGUUACUAGUCCUUAAAUAUAUAUAUUUAGUGGUCAUUGCAAAUUUUGAUCAUAUUUUUAAUUUUUUUUUUGUCAACAUAUCCUUUCUGUAAUUUAGAUAAUUUAGUUGGUAUUCAAUAACAUAGUUGACAGGGGUUGUUAGAUAAAAACAGAAUCUGUUUUGUUUAUGUAUUAACUGAAAAUUUCUGUUUAUUGUGACAAUAAUCUAUGGUUGUGUAGGAUUUUUUUUUCUUGAAUAACAAAAGAUUGCUCAGAUCAUUCCAAGGUCAACAAGACAACAACUGGACAAAAAGCUAAUAAGUAACAAUGGAUUUUUUUUCUAUUCUUUCUUCUCUGUGUACUAUGAUUUAAGUACUGUUUAAUUGAUAUUGCAAAGGUUUUGCUGAAAAGUUAUGAUAAUUAAGAUUUUGUGUACAUCUUUAUACCUACCAGGUAGAUAUAGACCUUUCUGCUUUAUACCCAAUGAAAUCAUCUAUCUUUGCAAUCUUUUUUAUUAUUAGAGAUAGUGGAAAUCUGGUCAUAUUAUUUUUUAUUGUAUUCAUGGCUUCCUAUAUACAUGUAUAUAUAGAUAAUAUUUACUCGUCUUUAGUUGCAUGUUUAUGUUUUUGUUAAAUAGACGCAAACGUAUAUUAUGUUUAUUACGUACAAUGAUUGUAUAUGUUUACUAAACUGCCAGUAUUUUAAUCAGUUUUGUGCUUUUAUUAUGAGAAAAUCAAUAAAUUUCUUCACAAUAA